ACAGCAAGUAUAAGCUAGUAGCAGCAGUAGAAAGAAAAAUUGCUUUAUUUAUCCGCUGGUAUUACUAAUAGUAGAGGCCCCCCCUUGCUCAUUAACACAGAUCUAAGAUCUAGCUACAAGUUAAAAUCAUCCUCCUCUCCUCAUUCAUUUCUCCACCUAAGGUGGUUAACACAGUAAUUUAUAAGUAUUAGAAGUUUAAUAGUUGAUUGAUAAUGUCAAGGAGGCAAGUUAGCUCCACUCGUAGAUUUGUGGACACAGGAAAUUUUCCUUUUUCAGGAGCACUUCAAGCUAAAUCUCGUUCUUCUCCUUUCUUAUCUGUUGCCCUUAUCCUUCUGGGAGCAAUCCUUCUUAUCGCCUAUGCUUAUGGUGGUCAUGGUAUUUUUGCUAGCAAUAAAGAAGCUAUCAGUAAAAUUGAAGGUGACUUUUCAUGUACCCUAGAAGUCCAGAGAACCAUUCCCCUUUUAAAGAAAGCAUAUGGUGACAGUAUGCGCAAGGUUUUGCAUGUGGGCCCUGAUACUUGUUCAGUCGUCUCUCAAUUGUUGAAAGAAGAAGAAACUGAAGCAUGGGGUGUUGAACCAUAUGAUACAGAGGAUGCAGAUGCAAACUGCAAGAAUUCUAUCCGUAAAGGCAUUGUUCGUGUCGCUGAUAUUAAGUUCCCUCUGCCUUACAGGACGAAGUCAUUCUCUCUUGUUAUUGUGUCAGAUGCACUUGAUUACCUAUCCCCAAAAUACCUGAACAGGACACUUCCAGAGUUGGCAAGGGUGGCUGCUGAUGGUCUUGUUAUUUAUGCAGGUUACCCUGGACAACAGAGAGCUAAAGUUGCAGAAUUGUCUAAAUUUGGACGACCGGCCAAAAUGAGGAGCUCGUCCUGGUGGGUUCGGUUUUUUGUCCAGACAAGCAUAGAAGAAAAUGAAACUGCUAUGAAGAAGUUUGAGCAGGCUAUAUCCAAGAAGUCAUACAAGCCAACCUGCCAAGUGUUCCACUUGAAGCCAUACCAUUAGCCAUUAGUGCGAGAAUAUUUAUGAGAUGAAGAUAUUUAUAGUUUUUGUUUGUUAUGCAAUUAAGCCAACAUAUAUAUUGUUGUAGCUGUCAUAUUGGCAUAUUUUUUUUGGUGUCCUUAGAAUACACGGGCCAUUCAUUAUAAUUUAAUUGAUGGAAACCUUAAAACGGUUUGGUUC